AUGGCCGGCCUUCACAAAGUCGUAUUCCGAUGGCCCCGCACAGAUGCCUCCGACGUCAUCGUCACAGGCACCUUUGACGGCUGGUCCCGCUCAACGCACCUCACAAAGACGCCCUCCGGCUUCGAGGCCUCCGUCUCCGUCCCCUGGAGCAAAAAGACCACGUACAAGUUCAUCGUCGACGGCCGCUGGGCCACCGCCGACAGCCAGCCCUCCGAGUACGACGCCAUCGGCAACCUCAACAACAUCUACCUCGCCCCGCCGCCCCCUGAG